AUGGAAGACGACCAAGCGGCCCACGAGAAGGCACAACUCCAUUCGGACGACAUAAAGCCCGAGCGCAAGGAGCCGGAAGGCACAAGAGCUUCUCAGGCCUUGUUGGAGAAGAGGCCGACCGAUAUCUCGGAGUUUCCUGCAAACGAACAAGGAAUCGACAAUGCUAGACUAAAAGAGAUGCCGUCGAACGAGCCCGCAGGCCACGAAAUGGGGACCACCGAGAAUGAAAUCGUCGCGUGGGAUAGGAUGGCGAGGAUGGCUGACUCGACCACCCUGGGUAGAGGUAAUACCAGGAGAGAGGGCCCCUCAGCUUCGUGA